AUGUAUGCAAAUAUUGAGUACAUCAAACGGUACAUCAUUAACCGGUUUAGAGAGCAUCACAAGAAAAUAGAGGAAGACUACGCACCUCGGAGCAAGAGAAACCACUUCAAGAGAGACCAUGGAGCGGCAAACCAAAGAUUGAUGGACAACUACUUUGCCAAUCAACCUUUAUAUAAUGAUGCAAUGUUUCAUCAACGAUUUCAAAUGCGAAAACAUGUAUUUCUUCGGAUCGUUGAAGAUCUAUCAAGAAGUGACAUCUACUUCACCCAACGAGUAGACGCAGCCAAUAAAGAAGGUAUAUAUCUACUGCCAAAGUGUAUCACAGCUAUGCGAAUGUUAGCGUAUGGUGUGGCGGCUGACGCGGUCGAUGAAUACAUCAAAAUUAGAGGUAUUACAACAUUAGAGUGCUUGCGUAUAUUUUGUAAAGGAAUCAUACAACUGUAUGAGCCUGUAUAUCUCAAAGCUCCAACUCAAGAGAACUUGCAAGGAAUUUUACAUGUUAGUGAAAUGCGGGGAUUUCCGGGGAUGAUUGGAAGUAUCGAUUGCAUGCAUUGGGAAUGGAAGAAUUGUCCUACAGCGUGGGAGGUCAAUAUACUCAGGGAGAUAAGGGAAGCACCACUGUUAUUCUUGAAGCGGUUGCAUCUCAUGAUCUAUGGAUCUGGCAUGCUUUUUUUAGGUGUCCAGGGAAAUACUCCUAAAGUGAAGUUCUUCGUGAACAAUCAUCCGUAUGAUAUAACAUUCUAUCUAGCUCACGGAAUCUAUCCUUGUUAUCCAACUUUUAUCAAAUCAAUCAGAAUUCCUAAGAGUGAAGAAGAAAAGUUAUUUGCACACUAUCAAGAGGGAUAUCGGAAUGACAUCGAACGUGCAUUUAGAGUGUUGCAAGAUCGAUUUAAAAUCAUUCGUGAACCAGCUCGCUUGUGGGAUAUAGCCGAUUUAGCUAUCAUCAUGAGGUCUUGUAUCAUAUUGCAUAAUAUGAUCGUUGAGGAUGAACGAGAUACGUAUGCUCAACAAUGGACGUAUGCUCAACAAUGGACUGAUUAUGAUCAGUCUGAGGCAAGUGGGUCUAGCACAGCUCAACCAUUCUCUAAUGAAAUACUACCUGCAUUUGAAAAUCAUGUGCGAGCUAGAUCUGAAUUACGUGAUCCAACUAUACAUUACGAGUUACAAGAAGAUUUAGACAAACACAUAUGGGCUAAAUUCUGA